UAAGCCUUCUUAUGAAGGCGAAGUUGGGUGCAGUGGGAGAGGAGCGCGCAGUGCUGCAACUGGACGGCGCAGCGGCUCGCAUUGUCCCGGCCAUGACGAGAUGCUGCUUGUGACAGCGGUGUCGGGAUGAUAAUGAACGUCUUCAGUAAGUGUUGGGAUGGACGAGGGAGGUUUUAAGUCAGAGCGCGGUGGAAUAACAGUGUGCUGUUGUGUCUCUUGGCUCCUCCGCGAUGGUGGCACCCCCGUGCGCUUUCCCCUCUGCUAUCCGGUCAAGGGACGCUGGCAGAGGAGUGACAGACCGGCAUCGGAAUUCCUACAAUUAUCAGUCUCAGAAUAGCUCGGCACGGGAGUAGAGGUACUGUCAUGGAGAAACAGAGCAGAGCCAACAAGGAGGAAAUGCUGACAUCGAAGGAGGAGAAGCGCAAAGAGAAGAAGCCGAAAUCUGGGAAGCUUUUCCGCAAGAAAUCGUUAAAGUCUGUGGGGAGUUUUAUGAACAGAAUUAUCAAAACUUUGGGCACUUUCACCCACUUUGGAGACGCUGACGCGCAGGACGCGGAGGAUGAUGAUGGAGGGUUUCGGAAUGGCGCACCUUGCACCCUCAGCGCCAGCUCAGGAAUAAUCAGAGAGGAUGUACAAGUAGUUCGGGAUCGGGUAGUGAAAAACACUUCGAGCACGUCGUCUUCUCUGUGCACCGGCAGAGAGAAACUACUUUACCAAUACGGAGACAAAAUCCCAGGUGUGCUGGGACUGAAAAACCACGGCAACACCUGUUUCAUGAACGCCGUGGUCCAGUGUUUGAGCAACACCGACCUGCUCGCGGAGUAUCUGGGACUGGAGCGAUACAAGAUGGACAUGAGCCAAACCAGAAUGAACGGGGUGGUGAAAAGCGACGGGACGAGGCAUGUCAGGGGAGAAGUCACGGAGCACUUGGCGUCACUUGUCAGAGCCCUCUGGACUCUGGAGUACACCCCUCAGCUGUCUGUGGAUUUCAAGGCUACAGUGUCCAAGUAUGGAUCACAGUUUCGUGGUAAUUCCCAGCACGAUGCCCUGGAAUUUCUCUUAUGGCUUCUGGAUCGCGUCCACGAAGACGUCAUUCUGGCCUCCCACAAUAACAACAACAAGACCAAAGCUCCUGGAAAGGGCCCUGUUGGAGCUGAGGAAGUGCCGUCUCCUGAUCCAUCCCAGUCACAGCAGCCCAGAGUCCAGCACAGCUUUGUCCAGGAGCAUUUCCAGGCACAAUACAAAUCUUCACUGACAUGCCCACACUGCCUGAAACAGAGCAACACCUUUGACCCUUUCCUCUGCAUCUCAUUACCGAUUCCUCUUCGCCAGACCAGGCCCUUGUGUGUGGUUCUGGUGUUCAGCACCAAAGGACAGCGCUAUCUCCGGGUCGGGCUGGCUGUGCCGCUGUUUGGCUCUGUGGCCUUCCUGAGGAGGUUGGUGGCUGACGAGGGGAAAAUUUCUCCAGACCAGGUGAUCCUGACAGAGGUUUACUCCAUUGGUUUCCAACGCUCCUUCUUUGAUGAAGACGACCUGACUAGCAUAGCUGAAAAUGAUGUCAUCUAUGCCUUUCAGGCUCCCCCGCUCUACAUCAGAGGCGGCUCUGCACGGAUCUCAGGGUACCAUCACAGCCUACCAUCAUCCCCAUACGCAACAGGUCCUGAGGGUCAGAGGUUACCCCCAUCUGGGACGUUAUCAUCAGAGUUCCUCAACCAAGGUGCCCCCGUCAAGAUUCUGCUGCUGGUGUGCAACGCUGCAGGAGCCGGCCAGCAGGCGGUUAGGUUCGGGCCUCCGUUCCUCAUGAGGGAGGACCGGUCUAUUUCCUGGGAUCAGCUGCAGCAGAGCAUCCUCAGCAAGCUGUAUUACCUGAUGAUCAACGGAGCUCAGGCACAGAACACCAGAGUGCUGUUCAACAUCCGUGUGGUGGGGGGAUCCGUGUUUUACAGCUACCUGUCACCUCAGGAUGGGCAGCCUCUCUACCACCCUGCUGUCGACAGAGCUUUGAAGCUGUGCGGCUCAGGAGGCCCUCCACAUGUGAAGCUCAUUAUCGAGUGGGAACACAGAAUCAAAGACUGCCUCUUCGGUAACAUUAAGGAGGAGGUGGUGAAGGAUGCGGAGAGCGUGAGGAAUCAGCAACAGCAGCAUGUACAGCAGUACAGCUGCACCUUGGAUGAGUGCUUCCAGCUCUACACCAAAGAGGAACAGCUGGCACCUGAUGAUGCCUGGAAGUGCCCCCAUUGUAAGCAGCUGCAGCAGGGCAUGGUGAAGAUGAGCCUGUGGACCCUGCCAGACAUCCUCAUUCUCCAUCUGAAGCGCUUCAGGCAGGUGGGUGAGCGGAGGAACAAGCUCACCACAUUCGUGCAUUUCCCCCUGGUGGGCCUGGACAUGACGCCGCACGUGGUGCAUCGCAGCCACGGCGCCCAUCAGCACCCUCUACAGCCGGGCUGGAAGCAGAGCAGACGACCUGACCUGGCUCCUCCUGACUAUCUGUAUGAUCUGUAUGCUGUGUGCAACCACCACGGAGGCAUGCACGGUGGACAUUACACAGCCUAUUGCAGGAACUCUGUUGACGGCCAGUGGUACAGUUAUGAUGACAGCAGCGCUGAGCCAGUUCCAGAGGCGGAGGUGUGCACACGUGGAGCCUACAUCCUCUUCUACCAGAGGAGAAACACUAUCCCCCCCUGGUCUGCCAGCUCCUCAGUCACAGGUUCCACCAGCUCGUCCGCCUCUGACCACUGGCUGGUCCGGCUGACAGGGGGCAGUAAGAGGGGCAGUGUGGUGUCAGGAGGACCUGUGCCGGGAUCUCUGGGAGCCGUACAAGCCCCUGAGUCUCCUGAGUUGCCAGUGUUUAGAGAUGAACCUCCCAAAACAGUGGAAACAUAUGGGUCAGAAAACAAUCAGUUUGUCAGAGGGUACCAGGGCAGGAGUGUAAGCAUGAGAUCGCCAACUAAGCCCAAGGACACCCUGAACAAAGUUCUCCCACUGAGGUGGUCCUUUGGUUCCAGAGACCGUAUCAAGCACUCUGCCCAGACUCAAUCUGGAGAGCUGGUGGAGUAUCUCGAGUCCGGUCGGCGUCCAAGAUGUACCAAAGACCCCAUCAUCACGCUGGUGGCUACCCCACCACAAAGAAACGCCCAUGGAAGAGUCUUUGAAGCAGGACAGGACUGCAGUUCACCGAGCGGCAGCAGCCUCAGCUGUACAGACAGAGUCAGCUCUGAAAGUUGUUACUCCCCCAAAAUACCAGAGGGACAGAGCAGAACUUUUGCAGAGAGAAACAUCGGCCAUGGAGGCGAUAAUGGCAGCAAAGAUGUCAAAGCUCGAGAUGAUGAUUCUCUGAGAAGGAGAUCAUCUAAGAGAGCGAGGCCAGACCAGGGCAGGACCCUGGAGUUCCAGCUACAGAGAGGGGCCAUUCUAGGCGGUCAGUUCAGCCACAGCGCACCCCCGAGCAGAGAUUCUACACUGAGAAGAUCUAAGGUCCACAUAGGGGCGACUCCCAGGGCACAAAAAGACUUGUUACAGAUGGUCCUUCAGCCUGAGGACAGGAGGGUGCAAAGAGGACAUGAAGGUCGGAGCCAAGAAAGUCUCUUCUCUUUUUUUAAGCCCGGUUUCUUGAAGAAAGACAUUCCAAGGUCACCAGUCAAGGGGCAAGAGAAGCGCCUGAAAGACCAUGAAGAUCUGGGAAGGCUGGCAAGUAGCAAUUUAGCCAAGCUGUCCCUCUCCAACGGGACUCUGACUGCUGCGGCACUAGAAGAGAGGAAAGGCGCUGGUGGGCCCAACUGCGAUGGCCAUAACUGCAAAGUCCAACUGGUCAACGGAAAGGCUGGAAGUCAUGACCCUGUCGACAUCAAACGCGCUCACAGCUCCAGCAACAUCCAGACGAAACUAGAUUUGACAUUUCGCAGGUGCGCCUCCCUGCAGAGGAACGGAGAAGUCACGAUCCCUGCAGCUCACCGCGUCCUGCUGACGGACAAGCCGGGUUACGCCACUCUGCAGCGGACGCGAUACAGUACCACCUCACUGGUGCCUCUGUGAGAGCCUUGAAUGACUGCUGAACACCCGAGCUCCCUACUGAUUCCUCCACACCCACGCACUGGGAGAAGCCCACAGCUGGAGGCAUCGCCGAAUCAAAGUACAUCUUCUCUCUCCCCUUCAUAGUACUGUUCUAAGUUCUCACCUGUGUGUGUCUUAAAUGAAAUCUAUGCAGAGAUGAAUUACUAAGGGAAAAUACUGCUGUAAUGUGAUUUGUUUCCUGCACUUUUUGUGUUGUUUUUACACUCUUGUCUGCUGUUAGUACACUACAUGUUUGAGUUUAUGAUCAACUUUUUUGAAAGUGGAGGUUGAUAUGGUGAAUUUGCAUAGUUUUAGUCCAUUGUGGAGUGUGGCAUGUACUGAUUGACUAAAGAACAGUUUACAGUUAAUGGGCGAUGAUGUGUAAGAUUGUUCUAAAGCGCUGCAAAAACUAUACUAACCCAGCACUGUUAACCGGCUGUAUUAUCAGUUAAAUAUUAUAUUUUGUUGCACUUUCUUUUUUGUACACUUUUCCAUAUCUGAGCUCAUUUGGAACAAUUGCAUUGUACAAAUUGGGCAAAACCAACAGAUACAGAUGAGGACAGAGUUAUUAGCCUCCCCUUUUUCCAAAGUACUGAUACACAGAGCAGGCAAUUUUUAACAAAGCUUCUCCAAACAUCCUAGUUUUAUUUUGGAUGCUUACGUUAUUUUACUUAUCAGUGCCAAAAUUAUUAGCCCAGUCGAUGUAAAAAGUCAAAUGUGAAUCCCUUUUGCUGGAUAACCACCUGCCUGUUCUUCUUUGGUGAAUCUCUCAAGCUCCUACAGAUUCGAUGGCCUUCUGGCAUGGAACUUGGUCUUCAGUUCAUCCCACAGAUUUUAGGUAGGAUCCAAUUUAGGGUUUUUUGUAGGCCAGUCAAUAAUAUUCACUUUGGUCUUCUCAGUCGAGUUCUUCCCCAGGAGCGAUGUGUGUUUUGGGUCAUUCCUGUGUUGCAAGAUAAAGUUCCUUCCACAUUGAUGAGAUCCUCAGUUCAAGAUGCACUGGAGCAUCCCCACAGCCUAAUAAUCCCACCACCGUGUUUCACUGUGGGGUCGGUGUUCUUUGGUUGUAGGCCUACAAUGUAAGCAGAGUCUCUGUGGCCGAAGAGCUCUAGUUUCAUCUCAGCUGACCAAAGGACACGCUUCCAGUACGCUUAUUAUUUCUCCAAGUUGUUAGUAACAUACUUUCAUCUGUCUCUUCUGCAAAAGUUUUUCUUGCUCUGCAACCUCCCAAUCCACUCCUGUACAUGGUUCGAGUGAUAGUCUUCUUGGAGACUACAAUUCCCUACUUGACAUGUCAUUCAAUGGUGUCUUGGCAGUUGUUGGCAAAUUUUCUUUCCAGAGUCUUUGAGAUCUUUGGCUUCCUACCUCUGCCAGGCUCGUGCUGUACUCUGUGACUCUCUUUUAAUUUCUUGAUGAUACUUCUCACUCCAGUUGUUGACACCUGGAAAUGCUGUGACCACUUUGUAUAUCCUUGCUUUGGGAUUAUCAAGAUUGCUCUGUUACAAAAGCAAUAGGGAAAAUUAGAAAUUUCAUACAGGUGAUAAUAAUUUUGUUCUCAUCUGUACUUCGGCUGGUGAAGAGUAUGUAAGGGGACUUUCAUGACUAAAGGUUUGGUCUUGGGGGGUGUUGGAGCUGUGAAACCCCAUUCUUUUCAAAUGUGCAUUUUCCAGUGGUUGGUUUGCUCUGUGGAGGGAAAUAAAACAUCAUGAGGAAAUUUUAAGAAAGCACAGAAAACAUGUUUUUACCACCUCAGCGGCUUGCACAGCAAUAAAGGAGAGGGCUGUUUUUUUUUUUUUUUUAUCUCCACAUCUGCUGCUCCAGUGUGUGGGAGAGUGAGUGUGUACUGUAUGUCUUUUUCACUCGAGUUGGAUUGAAAUUUUGCUGAUUUAAAAAAAUCGUAGGUUGUUCUUUCAUCGAAGACUUGAAGAUAGGCAGAGUGUUAAUGGCAAUCAUGCUUCAAAGCAUUCCCUGAAAAUUGUAUAAAGUAGCCGCCAGAAGCAGGAGCUCUUCCUGAAUAUUUAGUGUCUGUUUAAUUCAGAGUAAUCACCAUUUCUGGAGCUGCACCGUGAUAGCUUUCUCCGAUGGGGCGGAAGGAUGAGCAAACCAGAAAUAACUUUUUUUUUU